GACUGUGCCUGCUCCGAGAGGGGUGAGAGGCAAGGCAGAGGCAAGGCGCCCCCCGAGGGGCGGGGGCCGCCGACCCCCCGUUCCUCGGGCGAGAGCCGCCUUGGCGCGGGGUGCGGAGCGGCGGAGAGCGGGGCAGGGGCGGCCGGGGCCCGGCCGGGGCGACGAGGGUCCCUGGGGCAGUUCCCUGGGGUCCCUGCGAGCGUCGGCCGGGGCGGAGCGGAGCCGGGCGGCUGUCCCAGAGCCCUGCGACCUCCCGCGGCCGGCGGCUCGAUGGCCGCGGAGAGGCGGAGUCAGCCGGGAGUGUUCUGAAACGGGGUGGGGAGAGCAGCCGCAGGAACAUUAAAACCACCGAGCCCCCGGCCCGGCGCACGGAGUCGCUGCGCGGGCGCUCACGAUGCGCGGGGCCGGCGCGGGGUCCGCGCGGCGCGGGAGCGAGGGCUGCGGGCUGUGAGGGGGGCCGCGGGGCCGGCAGCGACGGGCGCGGCGUCACCGUCCGGCGGGCGCGGGAGCGACGCAGCGUGGCACCAUGAGCUCCGGCACCACCGCCCCGCUGAAGGUCCUCGGCAGCCUCGCCAACACCGACGUCAACUACGUCAUCAAAGAGCAUUAUAAUUACACGGGGAAGCUAAAUGAGAAUGCGGACAGUGGAAUAAAGAUCACGUCGGUGGUUUUUAUCAUCAUUUGCUGCUUUAUAAUCUUGGAGAACAUUUUUGUCCUGCUUACCAUCUGGAAAACCAAGAAGUUUCACAGACCCAUGUACUAUUUCAUUGGGAACUUGGCUCUUUCGGACUUGCUGGCUGGCGUGGCUUACACUGCCAACCUCCUGCUGUCUGGACACAAAACCUAUAGCCUCACCCCCUCCCAGUGGUUCGUGAGGGAAGGCAGCAUGUUUGUUGCCUUGUCAGCUUCGGUGUUCAGCUUGUUGGCCAUCGCCAUUGAGAGGUACAUCACCAUGUUGAAGAUGAAACUCCACAAUGGCAGCAACAGCUUCCGCUCCUUCCUGCUGAUCAGCGCCUGCUGGGUCAUCUCUGUGAUCCUCGGGGGUCUCCCCAUCAUGGGCUGGAACUGCAUCAGCCUCUUGUCCAACUGCUCCACCGUGCUGCCUCUCUACCACAAGCACUAUAUUCUCUUUUGCACCACCGUUUUCACCGGCCUUUUGCUGUCUAUUGUCGUCCUCUAUUGCAGGAUCUACUCCAUGGUGAGGACUAGGAGCCGCAGGCUGACCUUUCGGAAAAACAUUACCAAAGCAACCAGGAGCUCAGAGAAGUCACUGGCCUUGCUCAAGACAGUGAUCAUAGUCCUGAGUGCCUUCAUCGUCUGCUGGGCUCCCUUGUUCAUCCUGCUCUUACUGGACGUGGGCUGUAAGGUGAAGACCUGCCCGAUCCUCUAUAAAGCAGAGUAUUUCUUAGUACUGGCCGUGCUCAAUUCAGCCACGAACCCUAUCAUCUACACCCUGACGAGCAAAGAGAUGAGGAGGGCUUUCAUCAAGAUUCUGUGCUGCUGCAAAUGCCACCCGUCGGAUUCUGGGACCAAAUUCAAGAGGCCCAUCAUCGGAGGGAUGGAGUUCAGCCGGAGUAAGUCCGACAACUCCUCCCACCCACAGAAGGAGGAAGGUGACCGUCCUGAAACCAUCAUGUCUUCGGGCAACGUUACCUCAUCUUCUUAGGAGUAACCGUGGGGGUGUAUUUCGGAGCCUCCCCCUGCAACGGGGGGAGCUGAGACGCCUCCUGCUCACGGCGGCGGCAGCGGGCUGAGUGAGCGAGUAGCAUUAGUUCUAACGAGGCAAAUGGUGCGCUUGCGAGGCUGGAGUUCGAGAAAUGGGACAGACUGUUCUGGCUCGAAAAGUCUUUUUCCCUGGAGCAUGUUUUGUCUUUGCACUGAGGCAGCUCAGGAUUGUCAGGCGCAUUCAUAUCCUGAAAUCUCCUUAGUAACUCUGAAAGACUGAUGCCCUGGUGAAAUGAUGCCUGGUGUGUGUGAGAGAAAGAGAGAGGGGGAGGAGGAGGAGGAGGGAGAGCGGGCAGAAUGAACCUUUUUUUUUCUUUCCAUGUGAGAAGAAUGUGAAGUUAUUUCUCCUUUACUUGCAGCAAGCCACCGACACAAAGAUCCUUCUGUGAUGAGUUUAGUGGUGGCUCUGGUGUAGUUGGUCAGAGGUGUUUGUUUAGCACGUAACAAGGAAAGAAAUCGCACAAAUGUAACUCAGAGCCUGUACGACUGUGCUUUGGCAUCAUUUUCCAGAGCAUUUAGUCGCGAGGUCGAAGUCGUAAGGUUUUAUUUGCAGAGCCCAAAGCUGUUGGGGUUUCAUUGAGCGAGAUCAGAGCUGUGAGGUUUUGCUGUCGGUCCGUAUUACAUUUGAAGACCCUGAGCCAGGCUCUGCGGUUUCGUUCACCUGUACAAAUUCCCUUGGCUGCGUCAGACCUGACGGGGUAGCUCAGAGCAGCGUUUGGCCCCAUACCAUCGAUUGCCUUCUUACUCUAUAGCAUUAAAUAAACUGCAUUACCGAGUCAAAUGCCAGGUAGAACUAGAGGUCGUUUCUCUUGAAGGUGACUGCAAGUAAAUGUACGAGAUGCUGUCGUCAACAGCAGGAUCUUUCCCUAAGAAAGAGUUAAAACCCAAACGGGCCUUUUGGCGUCGGUUUCAGAGUCUCCCCAAAAGCUGGGACGUCUGAAGAGAGUACCUUGAGUUUUGGGAACCUGAGAAGGGGGCUGGAGUGAAAUGGCUAUAGAUAAAUGCACUUCCCUAACAAAAUGCAAUACGUUUUGGCACGUUUUAUUAACUUUAAAAAGUCGGCACAGAUGUCUGUAUCUUAUGAGUCCGUGGAAGAAGUACCUGUCAUUAAAUUGAAUGUAUUUGUUUUACAGCAUCAUUUUUACUCCUCUGUUUUUUCUAACCUGUGCUAAUGGGGUCGGAUGUGUCCCGUGUAAAUAAGUUCACACCACGCAGGAGGAUCCGUGCGCCUAGAGUGUUACUCUAACAAAAGAGGUGUGUCUGGGAUAGCUGAGAGCAACGGACUGAUUGACAGUUAUUGGCAACUCCUAGAGGUGGUAUUGUGUAAAGAAGAUGUAUUGCCUUUGUAUUAAAAUGUCCAGUGCAAUUAAACUGUCGGGUUGGGGGUUUUCUGGUUUAAAACAAAAAAUAGUAUUUAAAAUGUUUCUGACUUCUGUUGUUCAAUUUGCACAUAGCUUUAUUGACUCCUAAACAUUAAUAAACUGAUUUUUUUAAA